GGUAUAUGCCCUGUGUUCCUUUUGUUACGGUCCAUGUACCACGACUUGCUUGAUACUGCAGAUACCUCAUGUUUAUCCUGUUCUCAAUGUACAUUAUGGUUUAUUACGGUUUGUUUAGUAUCAUAUAGGUAUCACAACAUACCCGGUACCAUAGAACUACUUGCUACUUCAUCAUAAUUUACUAGACAUCAAAUCAAAUAUUUACCCAUUUAGUUUCACCCAAUAAUUUACAUUCAUCAAAAAUCAAUUAGUCGUUUUCGUUUUCGAACUAGCAACAGUCACGACUUCAAUAUGAAUAACUCGGCAAUCAACACUAAAUACAUGAGGCAUGUUACGCAGCUAACCCGCGAAUGUAGUUGUAAAAAUAACCGCAUCGAAUGUCACCACCGCAGUUUCAUUGGCGCCACAGCCGUCCAAAAAACUAAGAUCCUCGAGGAGUCGGACAUUGGACGAUGUAAAUGUCUUGCUAUCGAGCCGACGAUUCCACCACCAAAACCCGAGACAUAUACCGCACAUCUAGCCGUGCUUCGCAACCCAACUCAUAAAGAGUGGAAAUCCAGGCCGCACAGAUAUCUUUCACCUGCUCUCUGUAACAUCUCGCCGCAUUAUGUUCAGCGAUUCGUCGAGCCUGCUGUCCGGGAGACACUCCGUAAGGGCGAUUUCCCUGAGGGAAGACACGAAUUUACAUUGGCGAAGGCGCAGCAAGAGGUGAUGAGAUUUAUGCAUUUGAGCGGAGUAAAAUAUACUAGAGAAAAGCGCAGAUAUGCAGAACGAGCAUCAGUACUGAAGAAGGAAAGUUAUGAAUUUGAACAACAGGUGGAGAUUUUGAUGAUGAAGCUGCAGGAGAUUCGAUGGAAACGGAAAAGAGAAGAGGAAUUAUGCGUUUAUCUUGAAGAUCUUGUUGGGGUCAGGGAAUGCGCGGAGCAGAAACGAGAAUUUGGGGAUCAAAAGAGGGAGUUUUUGUUAAGUCGAGAGAGAUUGAAACGGGAGAGAGAAUCCGGAACUUGUGAGGUAGUUGAGCAGUUUCAAUUGGCUCAUAAACUCGAAGAUCGAGACAAGAUUGAAAAACUUGCGCAGAGGGAUGAGGAGGCUUUGGGAGAAUUGGAAGAGUUUUUGGAGGAGCUAGAUGUGAUAGAAUGGAGGGAGAGAGAAAGGGGAAAGUUGGGGAAGCUGGGGAAGAAAUGGAUAGGUGGGGGAGAGAAGGGGGAUGGGGAUGUGAAGAAAAAUGUCGAAACUGAAUGGAUGGAUGAAUCGCUGAGUCUUUUUCUUGAUAAUUCUUGAUUGUCCUGUUCUUAGAUGGGUGGGUGGUCGAUUUGCUGGAUUUUAUGGAUUUAGAGAUUGGGGUUGGGUUAUAUGGGUGUUUUGAAAUUAAGGAGGGUGAGCAGAUACUAGUUAGUCAUUUGAGCAAGCAUAGCGGGAUGUCUAGAGGGGAAUAGAAGUUUAUGGGAUGAGUUUGAUACUGCUAUUAACUUUGUAAUGUGUGUGUAUUUUGCUGCGGUGUGCUGUGCUGAGGUUAUUUUUCUGUCUAGCUUGCUUGUGGAUAUAGAUGUAUUUAAUCUAGGCUUUGUGAAUGGCGGGAAUUUGUGUAGGUAUUUGAAAAGAGUAGAAGGCAUUAGAGAUCACAUAAGAAAGGCGUUCGCAUAUACCAUACAAUCAUAGAGCAAUCCUAAAUGAUUAA